UUCUCAUACAGGCACCAAUCAGCAGCACGAGGAAACGGCCAUGUGGCAGACCCUGAGGUACAGAGGGACGGAAGGAGGGACACGACGGACACAUGGACAGACGGACACAGACCUAAAACUCAACCGCCCGGCAUAGAAUCAAAAACGGACAAACUUCUCUGAGGCACUUCAUUGUCUACAGCCUGCCGAUAAAGUUAUGGCACCGCUGCUCUCUCUGAUUCUCUCCCUCCUGGCCGCCUCAGUCAUAGCUGAAGAGAUGGAAUGGUGGACAGCGCCCUCCCAACCCUGAGUGAUGUCACUGCAGCCGAGGCCUUCAUCGAAGCCUCUGAGGUGGACGUCAUCGGGUUCUUUGAGACUCCCUCAGAUGAGACUUUUGGCUACAAGGAGUUUGUGGAGGCAGCUAAGUAUGUGAAGCAUAUCCCUGUGGCUCUGUGCAGCGAUAAGGAGGCAUGGGCCAAACUCAGCAUUGCGUCUGACACUGUCGCCAUCUUCAGAAAAGCAGAUAACCACCAAGACAAGAUCACCAUGAACGAGCUUCGCUACAUCACCGAGUACAACCAAGUUACAGCAGUGGGUCUGUUCCAGUCUGAGGUGAAGGGGCACCUCCUGCUCUUCAUCAUCAGGGGGAGUGGUGACUAUAAAGUACUCAAGGACCGACUAGGAGCUCUGGCCCCAGAAUUUGUUGGGAAGGUGAGAGCAGGCAAGCAGCAACUGGACCUGAAAAGAGAGACUCAACAAAACCUCUGUUAUAUCGGCCAUUUGAUUCAAAUCUUGAGAUAAUGUCCCUAAUCCCCUAUUUGGAAUUGGCUCUUUUGAAUCAACUAUUUCAUUCAAUCUUGAAUUUAAUUUGCAAAUUGGUUCAAUGGAGUCCGAUGUUUUGAGUCCCAGAAUCUCAAUGUACUGUAUAUUAUAUAUAGUGCACUACUUUUGACAAUGGUCUCGUCCAAUAAAAUGCGUGGGCAUUUAUGACGGAGACUCAGAUAUGAAGUGGCUCAUGCCCGAGGGAGAGAUCUCCACCGAGCGUGUGCGGGAAUUCUGCCAGUCAUUCAUACAAGGCGAUCUCAAGGUCAGAGGUCAAAACAGACUUUAGUUAAAAUAGUAUUGGUUCUCUUUCAAAUGCCUUUGAAGGUUGAUUGAGCCUGCCUGGAUUGCCAGGGUUUGCACUUUUUGGACUAUUUUAUUGGUUCCAUUCUGACAGGCAAGCUCAAUUAAGAGCAGGUAAAUAAGUAUUGGAAAGAAAACUAAUACUAUUUGAACCCAUAUCUAUGGCGCAGUAUACGUUUCAGUGUCUUUGAUAAUAUGUAGAAAGCAGCAAUAAAUUAUACUGAGUGGCCUCCAUUUAAUGUAUCUAUAUUGCUUCUCAAAAUCUUUUUAGGAGGUGAAGCAGGCAGGAGAACCUCAUCCUAAAACUGAGUUGUAAAAUAAACAAAUAAA